AUGUCUGCCGAAGAAGAUCUCAUCGAUUACUCCGAUGAGGAGCUGCAGUCCACUGAGACUCCCGCAGCAGGUGCCACCAAUGGUGCUGCUAAGAAAGGCGACUUGACCGUCUCAGGCGGCAAGAGUACAGACAAGGGAAAGGGCAGUUAUGUCGGCAUCCACUCCACUGGUUUCAGAGAUUUCCUGCUCAAAGGCGAAUUGCUACGAGCCAUCACCGACUGCGGUUUCGAACAUCCUUCGGAGGUCCAGCAAAAAUGCAUUCCGCAAGCCCUUCUCAGUGUCGACAUUCUCUGUCAAGCCAAAUCCGGUCUUGGUAAGACUGCGGUCUUCGUCUUGACCACCCUUCAUCAGCUUGAACCCAUUCCGGGUGAGGCCUCGGUCUUGGUUAUGUGCCACACUCGAGAACUCGCAUACCAGAUCAAGAACGAAUAUGCUCGCUUUAGCAAGUAUCUUCCGGAGGUCAAAACUGCAGUUUUCUAUGGUGGCACACCCAUUCAGAAAGAUAUCGAACUCCUCAAGAACAAGGAAUCUUUCCCCAACAUUAUUGUCGGUACUCCAGGUCGUCUCAAUGCCCUGGUUCGCGACAAAUACUUGUCAUUGCGCAACGUCAAGGCUUUCGUCCUUGAUGAAUGCGACAAGAUGUUGGAUCAAAUCGAUAUGCGCCGAGACGUUCAAGAAAUCUUCCGUGCAACUCCCACUGAGAAGCAGGUCAUGAUGUUCAGCGCCACUCUUCCAGAGACAAUCCGUCCCAUUUGCAGAAAGUUCAUGAGACACCCACUGGAAGUCUUUGUUGAUGACGAGACCAAGCUAACCCUGCACGGUCUUCAACAAUAUUCUAUCAAACUCAGCGAAGGCGAGAAGAAUCGUAAACUGAACGAUCUGCUUGAUAGUUUGGAGUUCAACCAGGUCAUUAUCUUCGUCAAGAGUACACUUCGAGCAACUGAACUGGACAAAUUGCUACGAGAAUGCAAUUUCCCAAGUAUUGCUGUCCACUCGGGAGUAAGCCAAGAGGAGCGUAUCAAGAGAUACAAAGAGUUCAAGGAAUUCAACAAACGUAUCUGUGUGGCUACUGAUGUCUUUGGUCGUGGUAUUGAUAUCGAGCGUAUCAAUCUGGCCAUCAACUACGACCUUCCCGCCGACGCUGAUUCAUAUCUCCAUCGUGUUGGUCGUGCUGGUCGUUUUGGUACCAAGGGUCUCAGUAUCUCAUUCGUCAGCAGUGAGACUGAUGAGACAGUCAUCAAGGAGAUCGAGAGUCGAUUCCAAGCACCAUUGCCUCCAUACCCAGAAGGAGGUGUCGACUCAAGCACCUACAUGGCAUCUUAG